AUGCCUCCACGCUUGGUUUCCACUGAAGAAGUCGCUCGCCACGAUUCCCCUAAUGACUGCUGGCUGGUCAUCGAUAAUCAAGUCUGGGAUGUCUCCAGCUUUGCCCCAGACCACCCAGGUGGUGCUGAGAUUAUCCUCCGUUAUGCCGGUCGUGAUGCCACCGCCGCCUACAAUGAAGUUCACACACCAGCCACCAUCAACACCCUCCCUCCGACCCAACUGAUAGGCCAACUCGACCCGUCCUCGAUCGACGAAACGUGGAGAAACCAAUCCGCCCCACAGACCCCGUCCCAAACGACUACCAAACCCCAGCUGAAUGCCAUACUCAGCACUCACGAUUUCGAGGAUGCAGCUCGGAACUCCCUAUCGAAAAAAGCCUGGGCUUUUUACUCCAGCGCAGCAACCGAUCUGAUCUCCCACAAUAGCAACCAAUCUUUCUACAGACGCAUCUGGAUGCGACCCCGACUCCUACGAAAUGUUCUCACAAUCAAUACGCAAGUAACCAUCCUGGGAGCCCCACUAGCUUUACCCGUGGUCACUGCACCCGUCGCGCUCGCUCGGUUAGCAAAUCCCGCCGGCGAGAAGGGGAUUGCAGGCGCCUGUGCAAAAAAAAUUCCCAUCACCGCGUCCUUUUCCGGCGAAGAAAUCAUCGCCUCUGUUCCCUCCCAACACCCAUUCUUCUUCCAGCUGUAUGUCAAUAAGCAUCGAGCUUCAUCGGAGGCCAUCCUUCGACGGGUCUGGGAUCUUGGUGUCCGUGCCCUUUUCGUGACGGUUGAUACUCCUGUGCCCGGGAAGCGGGAGGCGGACGAGCGCGUCCGCGCCGAGCAGUCCAUCUCCAUGCCCAUGACCGGCACUAGGGCCAGCCAGGACGCUAAGGGGGCAGGAAUCACUCGCACCACCGGGUCAUUCCUCGAUGGGACACUGUCCUGGGAGGAUCUCGCUUGGCUGAGGGAGCAUUGGAAAGGGAAACUGGUGCUCAAGGGAGUCCAGUCGGUUGAAGACGCGCUGAUGGCGGUGGAGGCGAGGAUCGAUGGGAUUGUAUUGAGCAACCACGGAGGGCGGAACCUAGACACUGCUCCUCCUGCCCUUCUGACCCUCCUCGAACUGGGUCGGCACUGUCCUAAUGUCCUGCGGGAAACCGAGGUUCUGGUAGAUGGCGGUAUCCGCCGGGGAACAGACAUCCUCAAAGCGAUCUGUCUAGGAGCACGGGGGGUGCUGAUUGGUAGGCCGGUGAUGUACGCGCUCAACUACGGGCAAGAGGGCGUGGAGCAACUGGUUGACAUCUUGGCGUCAGAACUGCAAGUGGCGAUGAAGUUGGUCGGCAUCACGGAUCUGUCGCAGGCGCACAGAGGGUUGCUCAACACACAGGACUUGGACCACCUGGUGGUGCGAGAGCUGACUGAGCUUGGAAGUGCGCUGCGCGCAAAGAUUUAA